AUGGCCAAGAAGUCGAAGACGCCGCAGGAGUUCUUCACCGACUUUAUGAUGGGUGGUGUCUCCGCCGCCGUCGCCAAGACGGCUGCCGCCCCCAUCGAGCGUAUCAAGCUCUUGGUCCAGAACCAGGGUGAGAUGCUCAAGUCGGGCCGCCUCGCCACCCCCUACAAGGGCAUCGCCGACUGCGCCGCCCGCACCUACGCCGACGAGGGUCUCGUUUCGUUCUGGCGCGGCAACACUGCCAACGUCAUCCGUUACUUCCCGACCCAGGCGCUCAACUUUGCGUUCAAGGACUACUACAAGUCGUUGUUCUCGUACGACCAGAAGCGCGACGGCUACACCAAGUGGAUGCUCGGCAACCUCGCGUCCGGUGGUGCCGCCGGUGCGACCUCGCUCCUCUUCGUCUACUCGCUCGACUACGCCCGUACCCGUCUCGCCGCCGACAACAAGUCUGCCAAGAAGGGCGGAGGAGAGCGCCAGUUCAACGGCCUCCUCGACGUCUACAAGAAGACCCUCGCCUCUGACGGCGUUGCCGGUCUUUAUCGCGGGUUCGUCCCGUCGGUCGUCGGCAUCAUUGUCUACCGCGGUCUCUACUUCGGCAUGUACGACUCGCUCAAGCCGGUUGUCGUCUCUGGCUCGCUCCAGGGCUCGUUCCUCGCCUCGUUCCUCCUCGGAUGGGGUGUCACCACCGGUGCCGGUCUCGCUUCGUACCCUCUCGACACCAUCCGUCGUCGCAUGAUGAUGACCUCGGGCGAGAAGGUCCACUACUCGUCCAUGUUCGACGCUGGUCGCCAGAUCGUCAAGGCCGAGGGUAUGGGCUCGCUCUUCAAGGGUGCCGUCCGUGGUGUCGCCGGUGCUGGUGUCCUCUCGCUCUACGACAAGCUCCAGGAGCUCAUGUUCGGCAAGGUCUACUCGGGUGGAUCUGGCUAA